AUGACCGACGUGGAGUCAACUCCAGGUGGUGAGGCCACGGGCGAUUUAGGUGAGAGCCCCCCAGCUUUCUCACCUGAGGGGCUGGUUCACUGGCUGUAUGGGAGAUGCACGCGUGGUGAACUUCUUACAGCUGCCAAUCAGGAUCCAGGGAGCAUUUUGCAGGAGAUGUUGACCUACCUGCACCAUGCGACUUAUGAGGAGUACGAGAAUGCCAGCAGUAUGCUGCAUCUGGUGGAUGAUCUGUCUUCAGAUGAGGAUUCUCCGAAUGCUCCUCAUGGCCCUCCAGAUGAACUUGUGACAGGCAUGAUGGCUGCAGCUGCCGCCACAACUCUAGCGGGAUGUGACAGUGGUUCGUCUGGUGAUGCAGGUGGCUGUACACUGAGUGUGCCCACCUUACUUUGCAUGCUCUACAGCUGUUGGAUGCUCCAAGCCAGCCCAUGGCAUGACAUGAACUACGUGGAAAGACCGCCGGUGACGGCCUUGGCUCCAACAGGACCUCAAACAACCGAGGACACACAGCCAGCCCUGGAAGGACUGGUAACACCCACUCUGAAAAUGGUGUUGGAACGUCAUGGAAGAGCGCAAAGAGAUUCGAACGUUGGGAAGAUUCUCAAGUAUGCCCAAGGGAAAAGGAUGCUGGAGUCACUCAGCGGUGACAAUGAGCCGAGUCCACAUGAUGAGUCGCCUCGCCAUGGAUACCCACCAGAAGUGAUGGCUCAACUGGUGAAGCUCUUCGAGCACCAGGGCCAGCACCAAUGGAUGGUGAGGACGACGACGAUGACGACGACGACAGCAUGGAUGGACCAGGUGGACCAGAAAGCCAGCGCACAAAAAGUUAUAUGGAAGACGACAUAG